AGGCCGGAAGUGGGGAGGGCGGCGAGGCCCCCUUGUCAUUGGCGCCCGGGGUGAAGAAGGAAGGCCAGGAUGCCCGGCUGCGGGAGCGGCGCUCGAGGCCUGGGCCGCCGGCUCCUCUUCCUCCUGCAAAAAAAUGGGGUACGGCAUUGUUCCUAUUCAGCGACACGGAAGAAUCUUUACAUCACAAAAGACACAAAGGUCAUUUGCCAGGGUUUUACUGGCAAACAGGGCACCUUUCACAGUCAACAGGCGUUGGAAUAUGGCACUAAUCUAGUAGGAGGAAUUUCACCAGGCAAAGGGGGCAAAACUCAUUUGGGUCUUCCAGUUUUCAACUCUGUGUCAGAGGCUAUAGGCAAAACGGGUGCUUCUGCCUCUGUCAUAUACGUGCCACCGCCAUUCGCUGCUGCUGCAAUCAAUGAAGCCAUUGAUGCCGAAAUCUCCCUUGUUGUGUGCAUUACAGAAGGUAUUCCUCAACAGGACAUGGUGCGUGUCAAGCACAGGUUGCUUCGUCAGGACAAGACUCGGCUUGUGGGCCCAAAUUGUCCCGGAGUUAUCAACCCUGGGGAAUGUAAAAUUGGCAUCAUGCCUGGACACAUUCACAAGAAAGGAAGAGUUGGUAUUGUAUCAAGAUCUGGCACAUUGACAUACGAAGCUGUUCAUCAGACAACUCAAGUUGGACUGGGACAAUCCUUCUGUGUUGGAAUCGGUGGAGAUCCAUUUAAUGGAACGAAUUUUAUCGACUGUCUGGAUGUCUUCUUGAAGGAUCCUCACACUGAGGGGAUUAUACUGAUAGGAGAGAUUGGUGGAAACGCUGAAGAAGAUGCUGCUGACUUCCUAAGGAAAAACAAUUCUGGCCAGGACUCCAAGCCAGUUGUAUCAUUUAUAGCAGGAGUUACUGCUCCUCCGGGCAGGCGAAUGGGCCAUGCGGGGGCUAUCAUUGCUGGAGGGAAAGGUGGCGCGAAAGAGAAAAUCACGGCCCUUCAAAACGCCGGUGUCAUUGUCAGUAUGUCUCCUGCUCAGCUGGGAUCUACUAUAUACAAGGAGUUUGAGAAGAGGAAAAUGCUGUGAGAGGGAAGGAAGAGAAGGUGCUGCCGCCAGAAAGAAACCGGCCCCUGAAGAAGUACCAGCACAGCCCUCGCUUCCGUCCAUGCUCUGCGCUUUUCUCCUACUCAUUUUUCUUUGCUGAAUACAGCCAACAUCAGUCUCAUGGCUCCAGCUUUAAAGCCACAAGCUUUUCUUUCAGUGGCUCCUUUGUUCAGAUAUGAUUGUACAUCAUAGCAAAUGAAUAAAUCUACCACUAUGAA